CCGGAAGCAAAGUGUGUAAUUUGUGGGAGGGGUAGUAACUUCAUGAAUUUAACAGAAUACCUUGAAAAUAAAUAAAUCAUCUAAUUAAUAUGAUCCGUUUCAUUUUAAUCCAGAAUAGAGCUGGAAAGACUCGCUUGGCAAAGUGGUAUAUGCAUUUUGAUGACGAUGAGAAGCAGAAGUUGAUUGAAGAGGUCCAUGCUGUGGUCACUGUGCGAGAUACAAAACAUACCAAUUUUGUAGAGUUUCGAAACUUCAAAAUUGUUUAUCGUCGCUAUGCCGGCUUGUACUUCUGUAUUUGUGUUGAUGUGAAUGACAACAAUCUAGUAUAUUUAGAGGCAAUCCACAAUUUUGUAGAGGUGUUGAAUGAAUUCUUCCAUAAUGUCUGCGAGCUAGAUUUGGUUUUCAAUUUUUACAAGGUGUACAGUGUAGUGGAUGAGAUGUUCUUGGCAGGAGAGAUUCGAGAAACCAGCCAGACCAAAGUCCUUAAACAGCUGUUAAUGUUAUCUUCGUUAGAAUAGUACUUGUGCAAUAUUUGUUCCCCUUAAAACCUUAUGUUUUCAGAUUAAAUAAACUUGCAUUUGAUUUCAAACUCAUUUACCUAGUGAAAGUGUAUAGCUAUUGAGAGUUGAAUGUAGUCUCCCUCAUACAAGACCUUAUAAUUUAUACUUGUCAAAGAUGGAUGUUUAAAUAAAAAUAGCUUAGAUUUAAGUGUUUAGCUAGAAUGAAAUAUAGAUGUCAAAAGACAUUCGGGGUUGUUUUUUUUUUUUUUUUUUGUAUAUUUGUACCAUUUAAAAUGUUGGUUUUUAAACUAGCUAAAAGUUUAACUGAAAUAAUAGUUUGAAACUAAAGCAAGUAAUGUUGUAAAAUAAAUGUCAUGUAUUUACAGUUUAAAACUUUAUUUUACAUCUAUUUGCUCUUGUGAUAUUCUGAACAAAAUUCAUGAUAUAGAGCCAAAAUAAGCCUUCUUUGUGGACUUCAAUUUAAACUUCUAAACCUAAGUUUUUAUCUACUUUUGCUCUGAGACAUAUUUAAUCAUUAAUUUAUUCUACUUGUUAAGUUUUUAUUUCCUUAUCUUUGUGUGCUGUUUAACCAGGUGAACUUGAUAUUAGGGGCAAGACAUUUUGGAUACCAUUCAUCAUUGUUCAGUCUGAUGCACUCAGAUACAUUCUGCUGCUUUUUGUUUUGUUUAUCAUAAAUGUCUUUAAAGUUGCAUCCAAGGGAAGGUGGUUUCUUAGAUUAGUAGCCACACAAACAUUCCAUUGUGCCAGCACUAGCAGGGUGUACUAGCAGCACAGCUCUGCUCAUCUUCACUGAUCCUCCACACUCUCACUUCAUCGUACACUUAUCCUGUACAUCACAAAUAGCAUUUUAGUUUUAUCGUGUAGCUAACAAACAGCACUAUUAUAAAGUUAUUUUGUACAUAAAUAACACCACUAAAAAUUCAGUGUUAAUUUUUUAAGCCAAAAAUUACAUUAUAAACAGUGUUAUUUAUUGUGUUAAAAUUAUUAAAAAUAUUUUUUUUUCUUUUAAUCUAGAACUAAAAGUAAAUCAAUUUUUUUCUCAUGAGAAAAUUUUGCUUCAGCAUUUUGGGCCAAUGUAAACAUUUUAAAAAAUAAAAUACAGCAAGCCUAGGCAUUAAACACUUCAUCCCCCACCUACAUGUAUUACUGUGUAGCUUGUAGAUGUAGUUUGGUCCAAAGUGCUAGAUCAGCAAUAAUGCACCUAGCAUACCAUCUACCGUUAUUUAAAUAUGAUGUUUUUAAUUCAAUGUCCAUCAUAUUUUCUGGUUAGAUGUGUUUGCCAAUGAGAAACUGAGGUUUAUCUCGGUCAAACAUUUUUUUUUGAGUCGAUUAUCUUGAAUUAUUAAAAUAUUUGUGUAUUUAAGGUAAUAACCUUUGGAAUGUCAAUAUUAUUUGUAUACAUCUUAAGUUGUAAAACCAAAUAAAAAUGUAAAAAAAUUAAGAACUUUACUUUUAC